CUUCGUCUUUGAUUUAAUAAAUAUAAAAACAAAGGUGAAUUGAUGUCUCGUUCAUAUGAUUCUUCUUCCAAACAUGCCCGUUUAACCAAAUCGAAAGCAACCGAAUCAACAACUGCUAUCCAACCCUUGGAAAUCACAACUACUGCUGUCGUCACUGGAAGUGGAGCUAUGAAACCUUCUAGUCGUAGCUUAGAAGAUAGAAAACCAUCCUUGAUGCCUUCAAGCCACUUUCAAUCUAUUAUUGGAACUUCUUCUACUCCAGUUGAUACCUUGACCGCCUCAACAUCAAGUGAUAAUAAUUACAAUGGUAAAACCGACACCAGCAACACUAUUAGCGAUCUGCCAAUCUCGAGUCAUACAGAUAACCAAGCUCAAACCAAUACCCAAUACCAACAACAGGAAAAACAGCACCAUUACAAGCAUGGUGAACAACAAAAAGGUGAACAAUACCAACAACACCAAGAGGGACAGGAUGAAGGACAACAAGAACAGAAAGAGCAAGAACAAGAACAGCACCAGCAACGACCACAAUUACAUUCACAACCAGAAUCACUAGCAGAGUCACAAGCAGAACAACGACAACAACAACAACAAAAUGAGUCACUUGAUCUACAUCGGAAGAAAUCACAGCGCCAUCAUCACCACUUUAUAAAAUCGCCAGUAUUCAAUCAAGGAGAUCUUUCUGCCAGUGUAGAUACAGCAGCUUCUCCUCUUGUCUCUCCAAUGGUCUCUGGUGCUUUAUCUGCCACGGUGACGACUCUUGAUACCGCAUUUCCUGGUUUACCUCCUCCUAUAGAUGGUCCUUCUGAAGCAAUGGCAGCUUUAUAUGAUGUUGCCAACGAAUCUGUCAAAUCAAAACCAAAUCGUAAUACUACAUCUGAUACAUUGGCUCAACUAUUUGAUUCCUCUUUCUUCUCUGCGAUUCUUUUGGUACAAUGGUCCAAUGUGGUGGGCCCCAAAGUGAGUAAGGCAUGGUCAGCGGAACCUAUGGAACCUUCUUUAUUGACAACAAUUGCUCGACAAGUACUGAAUGGUGAAAUGGGAAGGACAUUAUCAGAUAUUGAACCCAAAUGGUUGAUCCUUCAUCAGCAAGCUUUGGUGUGUACUGCAUUUUUAUUUCAAGAUCCAUCCUCCUUAUCUCUCUGUAGUCUUGUCAUGGUAGUACCUGUACGUUAUCUGCGAAACUUUUCCAAGUACUUCAAGGUACUCUCCCAACGUGUUCCUCGUCAAUUGAUCGACGUUUUGGUCAGACUUCGGAAGCUAUACCGCCGGCUCAAUAUUUCAUGGUCUAUUACUCUUGAUUAUUUCGCCAAUGUCCAUCUCAUUCCUUUUGUUCAAUCUGUCAUGGAUUUGGAAUCUGUCUCGUUACCCACUGAGUGGCUCAAGAUCAGUCACACACUUUUGGCUAGAGACACGAAACCCAUCAUCAACGCUGAUUUUCUUGCUCAAAUCAUUACUUCUCAUUUACAAACUUAUGGAUCGACUUUAUUAAUCGGGAAAAACUUGACAUUUAUGAAUACUGUGAUCAACACCUUGGCAUUGUUCUUAUCCUCGGAAGAAAAAAGUCGCUCCAGUCAUGCAAGAAAACAUCACAAGUAUAUGCCUGACCUCUAUUUACAAGGCCUUUUAUUACAGGAUAUGGAAGAUAUGAAGAUUCGAUUGGAAACAGCGUUAUUAAAGUCACCAGUACCUACGACACUUGUGGACCUCAACAAAUUACAAGUCAAACAAACACUCCUUCAACCUGGAUAUCGUCAAUUGAUGUAUCAAUGCCAUGAUGUAUUCUUAAAUAGAUUGGAGGAUGAUUUAUAUAUGUAUACGACCACUGGUGGAAACAUCAAAUCACAUACUGAAAGUUCUCAGAAACGACCUUUAACGCUUCAACCAACAAAGGAUAUAGCACCCAUGAUACAAUCAUUAUUGGAUGAAACGUUCCAACUACCAACUAGGAUGCGCGAAGCGUAUAUUCGACAAUGGCGAAGGGGAUUGAUCAAACAAGCGACGGCACUGGUCAAGUUUAUUGAAGAUGAAACAAGUGCGAUUCUAGCACAGUCAUCCUCAUCACCAUCAACAGGCACCUCAUCAGCAAAUAUGACUGAGUCUACGGUUUCAACAUCAUCAUUAGUACCUUCAUCGAUGAUGGAUGCUUUGGGUAUCAAUUCAUGGCAAGAUUUCUUGGUGAUACUGACAACGGCAGAUAAAUUGCGACCUGGCAUGGUGGGCUUUGUGGAUUCAUAUUCAAAUCGAUUAUAG